GUGAAGGUGAGUAUCGCUUGUCAAGGAAGGAUACCCAAACGACAUGUGACAAGAUUGUUCUAUCAAUAAAAUUUCUUGAUUGCUAUAUUGAGAAUUUCAACCGUUCUUCUUCUUGUGAGAAUGGAUUUAUUGGUAGAUGGUCUUUUCCAACGGACUUUCCGGUGAGUUAAUUUUCACAUGUUGUUGUAUGUCAUUUAGUAUCUAUUAGCCAUAUUAAUGCAAGUUUUUUUUGUCUUUGAUUGUACCUAGUCCAAGGUUGUGAAUGACAAAAUGGAACCUAAAUAUUUGAAGGUCAUGAAAUCUUAUGUCAGAAAAUACCCAUUGCAAGAUGGUGCAUCUUUCAAGACAUGCCAAUAUGUAAGUUGGAAUAUUUCAUCCUUUUGUACACUUUGUGAUUCUGUUUCAUAUUUUUUGUACACUUUGUGAUUCUGUUUCAUAUUUUUUGUAUACUUUGUACACUUUGUGAUUCUGUUCCAUAUUGUUUGUACACUUUCUGCUUCUGUUUCUGUUUCAUAUUUUUUGUAUACUUUGUACACUUUGUGAUUCUGUUCCAUAUUGUUUGUACACUUUGUGCUUCUGUUUCAUAUUGUUUGUACACUUUGUGCUUCUGUUUCAUAUUUUUUGUAUACUUUGUACACUUUGUACAAUUCUGCUUAUUAUGAUUGUACUGUUUAUGAUUCUUCUUUGUUUCUUCUUCAUGUGCAGUGGCUUUUCCCAUGUUCUAUGGAUGAUCAUUUCAUGGUAUAUUGUGUUAACUUGAAGGAUCGUCGUUUCGAGUACCUUGACAGCUCUCCUUCUAAGCAUUUUCUAGAUCGGUUUAGGAGGGUUGGAGAGCUGGUCGUCCAGUAUGCAACAUCUUACAUUCAGCACAUCAUGCCAGGAAAGUAUGACUUUGAUAAUGACUUCAAAUGGCGAAGGAUCACAAUUCCAUAUGAUGAUUUCACUAGUGCUGGCAUUAUCUGUUUAAACUACUGUGAAGAAUGGGAAGGUGUGGCUACAAAGAUGAUGAGGGAAAAAUGGUCUUCUCCAACCUAUAUUUACAACCGGAAGAUUAAUGCUAUGCUGACUUUGCUGAAUGGAUCAAGGAAUUUGAUGAUCGAGCAAUUGAGGAUGAAUGUGUCUUUUAGUGAAGAAUUGUUGUUGUCAUUAGGGAGUUCUAGUACUGGGUUUUCGCUUGACAAAUGAUGGAAUAUGGAACCAAUAGUGUUUUUUUUUUGUGGUAAUCCAUGACAGUAUGCACUAGUACCAUUUUCUAUUCUCAUGUUUUGUAAUGCGGUGACCUUAUGAACAGUAGUGUGGCUGUUGGUGUUAUGGUGGCUGCUAUCUAUGUUUUGGUUUUGUAACUUUUAUCACAGUAGUUUGUAUGUUUUGUUGUUGUGGUUCGUAAUUUUUUGUAUCCUAUUUCGUAAUGUUUCUGUCUAACAUAGAAUAAGCAUGAGAAACAUACAAAUGUGAAUUGAAAAAGAAUGCAAGAAAUGAAUUGUUUGAUGUGGC